CUGCUAUAUAUGUAACAAUUUUUUCUACAUAGUGUAUUUGUGGUAGUUUACUGUUUAGUGAGUUAAUACUGCUACUGUGAAUAACUUUAAAUAUGUCUUUAGAAAUAGACGCGAAUGUAAAUGUUUCUCCUCCUUCGCAAUCCUCCACUCCACUAGCAGUAAAUGAAGACGUCUUUGACUUCGCUGGCUUGGACGAGGUAGAAAAAUUCGUCGAGAGAAAGCAUUUUUUAACAGAUACCUUCGAGUAUCCUCGAAACGGAAGCGACCCAGGCUUCGUACUGAUUUUCAAUCAAGAAAACUUCGAGAAUGAGAGAGACAGAGUAGGCACUAGAAGGGAUGUCAAUGAAAUUACAGAGUGCUUGCAGCGUCAAGGAUUUAAUAUUGGAAAAAGUAACAUUAUACACAACGCAUCCCCAGAAGAAAUUAAGGCAAAACUAAAACAAGUUUCAGAGGAUGAAAAUUUGAAAGAUUGCAAUAGCCUUAUAAUUUUCUUUCUGACUCAUGGAAAGGAGAAGGACAAAUUACUGACCUACAAUAGUUCGCUUACUACAAACGAUAUCUGGAAAAACUUCAUAAACUGCCGAUAUCUGGAAAAUAAACCGAAAAUGUUUGUGUUCCAGGCUUGUAAAGGAGGCAGCUUUUCCACUACACGAAAAACUUUUAUCACCAACGAACCCUCUGAAAUUGUACCGAGUGAUACGUUUUCUCAGACUUAUUUGGGUCCUGAUAUGUUGAUAGUAUAUUCCACGAUUGAAGGAAACGUUUCCUAUCGAAAUUCUCUCACGGGGACAUGGUUCAUCCAAGAAUUGUGCAAGAACAUCACCGGUUACGGCAAAAGAGACGAUGUUUUCAGCAUAAUAACUAGAACCACGAAAUGCGUCUGCGGUAAUUACUUCUACCAUGAAUCUGGAGUUAAUAAAAAACAGAUGCCCGUUUGUAUGUCCACGCUGUCGAAGAAGUUCUACCUUAACAGAAACAAGGACAGGGCACUGGUGCUAAUGUCCAGAAAUUACUAUGACGAUGUGCUCAAACAUGUCAAAGAGAUCAAGGAAAGCGUCGACACACUUUUAACGUGAAAGUAAAUUUCAAAAUGUUUGCCUACAUGCUCAAGACACAAUAAGACGUAUUCAGAUCAGGCAUAAAAAACGUAUUAAUCAAAACUAAAAUAACCUUAUUGUAUUAUUCAUUAACAUGUAAAAAUAAAUAUGUAAUAUGUAUGUA